ACCGUCCCGAGCCCCAAGUAAUACAUUUGGGCCAGAUAAACUCUCACCGGAUUCGGCCCGAGCUCAAUCCCCGCAUCCUCGGGCCACAUGAUGUCGGCCGAGUCUGACUCAGCCGAGUGCCUCAAUCCCCGCAUCCUCGGGCCACAUGAUGUCGGCCGAGUCUGACUCUCAGCGGAGAGCCCCGACACACAGCCGGAAUCCGCCCAGAUCCACUGUGCUAGCUGGGGUGGGACAACAUUCCACAGGCCACAAUCGACAGCUUGAUCAACACUAUGCAAAGGAGAAGUGUCCCAGAGAAGGAGGAGGAGCAGCAGGAGAGGGCGGGAGCAGCAGCAGCAGCUACCCCCUUCUCAUGUAAUGGGGUAGGGCCAACCCAAGGAUCCCGAAAUGCACGGACGGUGUUAGUGGGGGAACCGGAAGUUCCCCACAGGCACGCACCAUUCUUCAGAAUAAAAAAAAGCGCCAGAACUGUGCAGUUAAGAAGGUAACUUUUGUGCCUGUUUCAUUUUAUUACUACAGGUACGUAAUAGCACGUUUAAAAGUUCUAAUGUCGAAAGAACAUGUCAUUCCAUGCUAGGUAACAAAUCUAUUAAAUUAUUAUCACGUUUGGUAAAGGUUUGAUGUGUUAUUUUUGUGUCAAACCGAGUGGAGAACGUGGUGACGUUAAACUAUUUUACAAGUCACGUAACUAGAGACGUUGGGUUUGUCUUAGUGGAUGUACAUAUUCUGCUCAGGUUAAUUUGAAUAAAGAAUCCAUUUAUUUGAGAUUUCAGAACUGCAUGUUAUCGGUUUUGUGUAAAAUUCACACGCUGUGAAAAUGGCGGCGCCUUUUCGGACUGGGUCAACGGACUAAAGUGCAGACAAUGUUACGGUUGCGCAACUGUUUUGAAGCUGAAUGUAAUGAUUGUUGGUUUUCUACAUGUGUACUAAUAUUCAGACACAUGCAGUUGUUUCUAUCUUUAUCUAUACAUUUGAGUAUGGUGUGAACGGAAAUACUGCUGGUUUUUGAUUGAAACAACGAAGACGCGGUUCUUCAGGAAAAUAAUACAUAGUGCUGCCUGAAACAAACUAACCCUGUUCUUCAUGGUUUUGGAGUCAUGUUAUGUGAAUUUAGGAAAUCUAUAUAUUAAGUGAUCUUACGUUGUGUGUCCUUUGUGUCUAAUAUUAAUGCAUCAAUGUUUUCUUGUCAAUCCUUACCUACCUGAUCUAUUGAAAUGAAAUCAGUUCAUGACUUGGACAAGAGUUCACCUCCAGAUUUCUACUGUUUGAGCUCAUGUUCCUCUUAUAGAAUAUUAGCUUAACAGUGUUGUGGAGCUCCUGCACCUAAAUAUAAACAGCACUGGCACCUAUUUCAGUCCAAGUCAAGCACUGAACUAGAUAAUUGAACAAGAAGAAAUAUAAUAUAUUUUUAGAGAAUAAAGAGGGUGCCAGAACUGGCAAGACAAUAAUGUUUGUCUGUUUCUCUACUACUAUGAGGCUAGUAACAUCAACAGUGAGGACAAACCCAGCCCUCCUCUCUCCUUCUGCACUGAGUCCAAACCUACAGUCAAUGGGUCCUGAUUGUGACAGUGGAGCCCAGUUUGCACUGCAGGGUCCAGAGAUGGCAUCAGUGAAGCUGGAAGACUGCAGUCAAACACUGGAGCUGAAUGUCAACAUUAAAGAUGAAGAAGAGGAGGAGAAGAUUGGAACAUCUGUUUCUUAUGUACUUGCUGACUAUGGUAUGAGGUCGGUAACAUCAACAGUGAGGACAAACGCAGGCCUCCUCUCUCCUUCCACACUGACUCCAAACCUACAGUCACAGGGUCCUGAUUGUGACAGUGGAGCCCAGUUUGCACUGCAGGAAUCAGAGAUGACAUCAGUGAAGCUGAAAGACUGCAGUCAAACACUGGAGCUGAAUGUCAACAUUAAAGAUGAAGAAGAGGAGGAGAAGAUUGGGACAUCUGUUUCUCAUGGACGACUAGAAUUAAGUCUAGGAACAUCUGUGAAGCUGGAAGACUGCAGUCAAACACUGGAGCUGAAUGGUGACAUUAAAGAUGAAGAAGAGGAGGAGAAGAUUGGGGAACCUGUUUCUCAUGGAGACCAUGUUGAGACAUUCUCUACAUCCAGAGAGCAACAGCAGCAGGAAGGUCACAGAGCUAAGAGGUCUCACCACUGCCCACAUUGUGAGGAGAUUUUCCCAUUUCUAUCAAAGCUAAAAAUACACAUAAAGAUACACACAGGAGAGAAUCUGUAUCCCUGCUCUGACUGUGGGAAAAGAUGCACAACAUCAGGGGCUCUGACAGUUCAUCAGAGAGCACACACAGGAGAGAAGCCUUACUCCUGCUCUGACUGUGUAAAAUGCUUCAUAACAUCAACUGAGCUAAAACUUCAUCAGAGAACACACACAGGAGAGAAGCCUUACUCCUGCUCUGACUGCGGGAAGACUUUCUCUCGACUCGAUGCCUUACAAACACACCAACGUAUACAUACGGGAGAGAAGCCUUACUCCUGCUCUGACUGUGGAAAGAUGUUCUCUCAACUGGGCCACUUGAAAAGACAUAAACAUACACAUACAGGAGUGAAGCCUUAUUCCUGCUCUGACUGUGUAAAAUGCUUCAUAACAUCAACUGAGCUAAAACUUCAUCAGAGAACACACACAGGAGAGAAGCCUUACUCCUGCUCUGACUGCGGGAAGACUUUCUCUCAAUUGGCUUUCUUAAAAAUACAUGAACGUAUACAUACAGGAGUGAAGCCUUACUCCUGCUUUGACUGUGGAAAUAUUUUCUCUCAACUGGCCCACUUGAAAAGACAUGAACAUAUACAUACAGGAGUGAAGCCGUACUCCUGCUCUGGCUGUGUCAAAUGCUUCAUAACAUCAACUGAACUAAAAGUUCACCAGAGAACACACACAGGAGAGAAGCCUUACUCCUGCUCUGACUGCGGGAAGAGUUUCUCUCGAAUAGGUCUCUUAAAAACACAUGAACGUAUACAUAGAGGAGAGAAGCUGAGCUGAAAGGUCAAGAGGGAACCUUACUUUUGCUCUUAAUGUGGCAAGAGUAACUCAAGUGAUAGUCACCAAGUAAAAUACUACUUGAGGAAAAGUAUUUGGUUGUAAAUAUACUUAAUUAUCAAAAGUAAAAGUAUGCAUAAUUUCCAAUUCCUUAAAUUACCCCUAAGGGAUGGGUGUCCCUAAACUGGGACGGUUGUAGGUAAGGUGUGCUAGUCUGACUAGAUUGACGUUGUAUACAACAGCCAUCUUUCCGGGACAUAGACAUAUCUUAUAUGUGCAGAAAGCUUAAAUGAUUGUUUAUCUAUCUGCAGUGUCCAAUUAACAGUAGCUAAUACAGUAAAAAAAGACCAUGCUAUUGUUUGAAGAGACACAACAACAAACUUAUCGCGCAAAUUAUUUGAUACAUUCACCUCUGAAGGUAAAUAAUGUACUUUCAUUCAGUCAUCUUGCUCUGAUUUGUCAUCCUGAGGGUGCCACAGAUAAAAUGUAGCGUAGUUUCGUCUAAUAAAAUCAAUUUUUAUGUUCAAAUGUAGGAACUGGUUCUGGACACCAAUUUGGCGUUUAAAAAGAAAAAUGUACACCUUUAUUUAACUAGGCAAGUCAGUUAAAAACACAUUCUUAUUUUCAAUGAUGGCCGAGGAAUGGUGGGUUAACUGCCUCAUUCAGGGGCAGAAUGACAGAUUUUCACCUUGUCAGCUCGGGAGAUUCAAUCUUGCAACCUUACAGUUAACUAGUCCAAUGCUCUAACCACCUGCCUCUCAUUGCACUCCACGAGGAGGCUGCCUGUUACGCAAAUGAAGUAAGCCAAGGUAAGUUGCUAGCUAGCAUUACACUUCUCUUAUAAAAAAACAAUCAUAAUCAAUCAACUACACAUGGUUGAUAUUACUAGUUUAUCUAGCUUGUCCUGCGUUGCAUAUAAUCGAUGCGGUGCGUAUCGUUGCUCCAAUGUGUACCUAACCAUGAACAUCAAUGCCUUUCUUAAAAUCAAUACACAGAAGUAUAUAUUUUUAAACCUGCAUAUUUAGCUCAAAGAAAUCCAGGUUAGCAGGCGAUAUUAACCAGGUGAAAUUGUGUCACUUCUCUCACGUUCAUUGCACGCAGAGUCAGUGUAUAUGCAACAGUUUGGGCCGCCUAAUUUGCCAGAAUUUUACGUAAUUAUGACAAAACAUUGAAGGCUGUGCAAAUGUAACAGGAAUAUUUAGACUAAUGGAUCUCACCCCUUAGAUAAAAUAGGAACGGUUCUGUAUUUCCCUGAAAGAAUAAACCUCUUGUUUUCGAGAUGAUAGUUUCCGGAUUCGAUCAAAUUAAUGACCCAAGGCUCGUAUUUCUGUGUGUUAUUAUGUUAGAACUAAGUCUAUGAUUUGAUAGAGCAGUCUGACUGCGCGGUGGUAGGCAGCAGCAGGCUCGUAAUCAUUCAUUCAAACAGCACUUUUGUGUGUUUUGCCAGCAGCUCUUCGUUGUGCAUCAAGCAUUGCGCUGUUUAUGACUUCAAGCCUAUCAACUCCCAAGAGGAGGCUGGUGUAACCGAUGUGAAAUGGCUAGCUAGAUAGCGGGUGCGCGCUAAUAGCAUUUCAAACGUCACUCGCUCUGAGACUUGGAGUGGUUGUUCCCCUUGCUCUGCAUGGCAAACGCUGCUUCGAGGGUGGCUGUUGUCGUUGUGUUCCUGGUUCGAGCCCAGGGAGGAGCGAGGAGAGGGAUGGAAGGUAUACUGUUACACUGGCAAUACUAAAAUGCCUAUAAGAACAUCCAAUAGUCAAAGGUUAAUGAGUUAUGUAGUUAUGAUUAUUUAAAUCAUUUUUACUUAUGUACUUUACACCACUGCCUGCAUCCAUGCCGUGUGUCAGCAUUGCAGGCUGGUGGUGUGAUGGUUGGGGUGUGUUUUCAGGGAACACAUUGGGCCCCUUGAUAAAAGUUGAACAAUGUUUGAAUGCCACAUGAUAUCUAAACAUCAUUGUCAAUCAGGUGCAUCCCUUCAUGUCAGCAGUGUAUCUAUCUGCAAAUGGAUUCUUUCAGCAGGAUUAUGCCCCAAGACUUGUCCAGGAAUGGUUCCAAGAACAUUACAGAGAAUUCAGCUUACUGUGAGAGGAGAUGGAACGAGUUAUUCAGAGUAGAUCCACUCCCAGCCAACUUGACACAAUUGUGGGAAGCAUUGGAGUCAACAUGGGCCAGCAUCCCUGUGGAACGUUCUCAACACCUUGGACAGUCCAUGCCCCGACUAUUGAGGCUGUUCUGAGGACAAAAGGAGGUAUAACUCAAUAUUAGGAAGGUUCUCCUGAUGUUUUGUACUCUGUCUAUAUCAGAAAAGAUGGUGUGAUGAUCAGUUUUUUGCAUUAGUUUGGGUAGAUUAUUUUAUAUUACUAAACAACUUUGUUUAAUGAUAAACAGGCUAUGAAUCGACUACUUGUGUUUAUUCAAUUGUAUUUUAAUACUAGAUUCAUUAUUUGAGUCAUUGAUGAUGAAUGUAUUUGAAUAACUGUGUGUUUGUGAAUUGAUCUGGCAGCAGGUAGCCUAGUGGUUAAGUGUUGGGCCAGUAACUGAAAGGUCACUGGUUUGAAUCCCGAGCCGACUCGGUGAAAAAUAUGUAAUUGUGCCCUUGAGCAAGGCAAUUGACCCUUAUUUGUCCUAUAUAUUGCUCUGGAUAAGAACAUCUGCUAAUUGACAAAGCGAUGAAAAAUGUUUGUACAUGAAUUUAUGGGCAGCUGCUUUUCUUUUGUGUAUAAUUAAAUGAAAUAAAAGUGAAAAACUGUAUAUACAAUA